AUGCGGGGCGGCGCACCGCAGCCGGAGGGAAGCCGGCAGAGCCGGACCCCUCCGGGGUCGCGCUCCUCUCGCCGUCCCGGAGCCCAGGCUGCCUUCCAGCCCUUGAUCUCGGCAGAGGUGCUGGUGGCCGACGCCUCCAUGGUCCGCAAGUACGGGAAGGGGCUGCAGCACUACCUGCUCACCCUGGCCUCCAUCGCCUCCCGGCUCUACGCCCACGCCAGCUUGGAGAACCACGUCCGGCUGGCCGUGGUGAAGGUGGUGGCCCUGGGGGAGAAGGAGAAGGGGCUGGAGGUCAACAGGAACGCCGCCACCACCCUCAAGAACUUCUGCAAGUGGCAGCACCAGCACAACCGCCUCGACGACGACCACGACGAGCACUAUGACGCUGCCAUCCUCUUCACCCGCGAGGAUUUAUGUGGGCAUCAUUCAUGUGAUACUCUGGGAAUGGCAGACGUUGGGACCAUAUGCUCUCCUGAGCGCAGCUGUGCAGUGAUUGAAGAUGACGGCCUCCAUGCAGCUUUUACAGUGGCUCACGAAAUUGGGCACUUACUUGGGCUCUCCCAUGAUGACUCCAAAUUUUGUGAGGAGAACUUUGGCUCCAUGGAAGAUAAGCGCCUGAUGUCCUCCAUUCUGACUAGCAUCGAUGCUUCAAAACCCUGGUCCAAAUGCACUUCAGCAACUAUAACAGAAUUUUUUGAUGAUGGUCAUGGUAACUGUUUGCUGGACCAACCGAGAAAGCAGAUCCUGGGCCCCGAGGAGCUUCCGGGACAAACCUACGAUGCCAUUCGUCAGUGCAAACUGGCGUUUGGACCCGAAUACACAGUGUGUCCUGGUAUGGACGUGUGCUCUCGCCUCUGGUGUGCAGUUGUGCGCCAAGGUCAGAUGGUUUGUCUGACUAAGAAGCUGCCUGCUGUGGAGGGAACACCAUGUGGAAAAGGGAGGAUCUGCCUCCAGGGAAAAUGUGUUGACAAAACCAAGAAGAAGUACUACUCAGCUUCCAGCCAUGGUAACUGGGGGUCCUGGGGACCCUGGGGACAGUGCUCCCGUACCUGUGGUGGAGGAGUUCAGUUUGCUCAUCGUCACUGCAAUAAUCCAGCUCCUAGAAACAACGGCCGGUACUGCACCGGCAAGAGGGCCAUCUACCGCUCCUGCAACGUCGCACCCUGCCCAGCAAAUGCUAAAUCUUUUCGACAAGAGCAGUGUGAAGCAAGGAAUGGCUAUCAGUCUGACGCAAAGGGUGUCAAGACAUUUGUUGAAUGGGUCCCCAAGUAUGCUGGAGUACUUCCUGGAGACGUUUGCAAGCUCACCUGCCGAGCCAGAGGAACUGGCUAUUAUGUGGUGUUUUCUCAGAAGGUAACUGAUGGUACUGAAUGUCGACCGUACAGUAAUUCAGUCUGCGUCCGGGGAAAAUGCAUCCGAACUGGUUGCGAUGGCAUCAUCGGUUCAAAGCUCCAGUAUGACAAAUGCGGGGUGUGUGGAGGAGACAAUUCCAGCUGCACAAAAGUCAUGGGAACCUUUACCAAAAAGAGCAAGGGCUACACAGAUGUAGUGAAAAUCCCAGAAGGGGCAACCCACAUCAAAGUUCGGCAGUUCAAGACUAAGGACCAGAGCAGGUUCACUGCCUACCUGGCCCUGAAAAAGAAAAAUGGUGAGUACCUUGUCAAUGGAAAAUACAUGAUCUCCACUUCAGAAACAAUCAUUGACAUCAACGGGACUGUCAUGAACUACAGCGGCUGGAGUCACAAAGAUGAUUUCUUGCAUGCAAUGGGACACUCUGCCACAAAAGAGGUUCUUAUUGUGCAGAUACUUGCAACUGAUCCAACUCAACCAGUGGAUGUCCGCUAUAGUUUCUUUGUGCCAAAGAAGCAAGGGCAAAUGACUAACUCUGUCACCAGCAGUGGCAGCAGCAGCAGCAAAGUAACUCCACAGCUCACGCAACCCCGCUGGGUUACGGGGCCGUGGCUUUCUUGUUCUCGAACAUGCGACACAGGAUGGCACACCAGGACUGUCCAGUGCAAAGACGGGCAUGGAAAAUUAGCUAAGGGAUGUCUUCUCUCUCAGAGACCGUCAGCAUUUAAACAGUGCUUGUUGAAAAAGUGUUAA